AUGCCUCGAAAGUGUGCAUUCGCUAACGCGGCGAUUUUGCUCUUUCUCCUGGUCACAACUUUUUACUUGUUGUUGCCAUUCCUCAGCAGCUUCGACUUCUCGGGAGAGAGGCAAGUCGAAAGCUUCGAUUUCAAGGCGACCACAGUUGAGGAAGCAUGCCUCCGCAGCAAUGUCCAUUCGAUAGACCCAAUACCGAGAGUCGUUCACGUCAUAUGGCUCAAUAAUACCGAUCUAAAUUUUAUGAGCUACUUGACCAUACGAUCAGCCCUGAUCGCUAUACAGCCCGAUCGGGUCAACCUCCAUUACACCGAUAUCAAUGAACAGAACGAGUGGUUUAUGAGAGUACGGGACAAUUUGACUCUUGUGCCCCACGACUUAGAAACAGAAUACGGGCAGCAAAUCCGAGACAAAUGGCAGAUUCCUCAUAUCGCGGAUUUACUCCGCUUAGAUGUCAUUGCAAAGGAAGGUGGAAUCUACCUUGACAUGGACGUUAUCGCCCUUCAAUCGUUCGAUAGUCUGUUAGGCUGUGAGAAAGACCUCAUGCUCGGAAACGAAGGCGGAGACCGGCAUGGCUUAUGCAAUGCGGUCAUCGUUGGCCGCCGAGGCUCGUCCUUCAUAAAACAUUGGCGCGAGAGCUAUGACAACUUCGCCACGAACGAGUGGAACUACCAUUCUGUCAUUCUACCCAAGGAGAUGUCUUCUUUGUACCACGAAGAGAUUUGCACAGUUUCGCCUUCAGUCUUUUAUUGGCCAACCUGGACAAAGAAGCACAUUCGAUAUAUGCAUAAACCGAUUACGCAGAGCGAGGCACAAGAGUUCCAAGAUACAGUUGUUGCGAAUGGAGGUGGAAUGUAUCCCGAUCAGCUUGCAUAUCACGCGUGGAGCCAAGUUGCAUCUACUUAUUUGAAGGAUCUCAGCUUGAAGAAAGUGGUUUCCCACAACACCCGAUUUAAUGUGUUGGUUCGGCGAUUCAUUGACUGA